CCUUGGGAUUUUCGCCACGACCGCUAUUACGCAAGAUAACUUUUCACAGGCGGGAGCUUGGGGAGCAUGUGCAGACACUUCUUUUGUCGCGAGGAAACAUGGAGUUUGCUGUCGCCUUUCUUCAAACACUUGAUGAGCUCCAAUUCAUCAACAUUUUGUCAUGGGCAAUCAUAUUGCUAGCAUUUAUCGUUGAAAUAUGUUUGAUUUUUCUAAAAGCCGACUAUGGACGUUAUUUUAGGUCGAAUUCAUGGCAAAACUGGUUGUCUGCAGCGGACGCAAGGCUCGCUUGGUUUGUGCAAGAACUUCCUGCCUUUGUGAUACCUUGUGCGUUGCUCUUUUACGCUCGCAAAGAUACUUUGGGAUUGACUCCUAAUACAAUACUCCUUUCGUUAUUUGUUUUGCAUUAUAGUCACAGGUCACUUAUUUAUCCCUGGCUGAUCACAGGAGGAAAGCCAACUCCAGUAUUCCUGGCAUCUUUAGCAUUUUCAUUUUGCGCAAUAAAUGGAUACAUACAGGCAAGAUAUUUGACAAGAUAUGCUUAUUAUGAGAUGUCUUGGCUGACAAAUCCGUGUUUUGUUGUUGGUGUAUUAUCCUUCUUCACUGGAAUGGCCAUUAAUAUUCACUCAGAUCAUAUUCUACGCAGUUUGAGAAAACCUGGCGAAACUGGCUAUAAGAUUCCAAGAGGUGGUAUGUUCACUUAUGUGUCCGGAGCUAAUUUUUUGGGUGAAAUUGUUGAAUGGAGUGGGUUUGCAUUAGCCUGCUGGUCGAUUCCUGGCUUAGCUUUCCUCUUUUUUACUCUUUUUAAUAUUGGUCCAAGAGCAAUUCAACACCACAAUUGGUAUCUUCAGAAGUUUGAAGAUUAUCCAAAGUCUCGUAAAGCUCUGAUUCCAUUUGUCCUAUAACAAAGAGCAAAAAAACAACGCAUUCCAAUAAUAUAUUAGGUUCUGUCUUGACCUUUUUUCAGAUUUCCUCUUUAUUUAGGUGAAUCAUCUUCUGUUAUUUCUUCUCCUUUUUAUUGGCAGCAUUAAUUUAGUAAAUUCAGCAGUAUCGAUAAGUUUUAUGCUCUUCUCUUUUUCUUUUUUGGACCUUAAAUACAAAAGAAAGACGGUGUUGCCAUCGCCUUUCCAACGAAACUAGUCAGUCAAGCUCGUUAAUUGCCUCUGUUGUGAGCCAAUGUUAUGAGGGUUUUUUUUGGUAACUUUAUUUUUGCCUUUAUUGUUCGAAUGUUCAAUGUAUACUGUCUUAAUCAGUAUUUUCUGGAUAGUGGGGGAUAAUAUAUAUUUCAUGUGAAUAACCAAUUACUUGUACAAUUGAAGAAUAAAGUGUGAAGAUUAGUCAGGUUUGUCAAUAAGACUGGACUA